AUGAAGCAAGCGGCAAUCCACGCCAAGGCCGAAUACUUCAACUCGAAGCCCACGGCUUCGGCACCACGAGAAAACGCCGAAUCAAGUGCUUAUCCGGCAAAGGCGACAUCCUACGGGAGAACCGACACAUACUCGGCGGGCCAUAAGAGAAAGGACAACCCCGCCGAUCGAAGAGAACCCUCGAAGAAAGGGAAAGGGCGGUACGGUCGCAACGACCACCGAGCACCCCUUCCGAAUAAUGACCAAGCCAAUGAAGUCUUCACCCUGUUAAACACUACCUACGAGGCCGUCCUGAUGAACGAACAUGGAAUAAUACCGAAGCCGAAUGCCCGAAGACCAAAUCGGCAAGACAACCGAGAUACCGGUAAAUUCUGCCGAUACCACCAGCACAACAGCCAUAAUACAGAAGACUGUAUAAGCCUGAGGAAAAUUGUUGAGCGAUUGAUCAGAGAAGGGAAGCUGGAUCAGUACAUCGCCCGGCAGCCAACGGCGCCGGUGCCGAAUCCGGUUCUCCAGAUAAACAUGAUAAGCACUAUUAGCAGUGGCCCCACCAUCGCAGGAAUGAGCAACCGAUCGAUAAAGCAAUAUGUGCGAGCCGCACAGUUUCCUCAGGUGUUCGGCAUAGAGCUUAAUCGGCACCAGGAAAUUCUGAAAGUUCGUUGGGAGCUAAUCACAUUCUGCGAGGAGGAGGAAGAAGGCGUCCUCUAUCCCCAUGACGACCCAAUGAUCAUCCGGGCAGAAAUCGCAAACUACGACGUAGGGAGGGUGCUGAUCGAUAUCGGGAGUUCGGUGAACGUGAUUUUUUCCGAAGCUUUCCGAGGGAUGGGAAUAAAGGACUGCCAGGUAAACCGGCAGUUGACACCUUUGUUAAGUUUCUCCGGCGAUUUGGUCUAA